AGCAGCACAAUGGCAGAGAAAGUGGAAAUCUCAGCAGCUACAUUUAAUAAUAAUAAUCAACAGAACGAUGCUCGCAAGGUGCGCAAAUCUCCCGAUUUUCAACCCAUGAUGCCCGGUGUUAUAUCCAGAGAACGCAGUUUUGUGCGCACCUCAAAUCAACAGAAUAUUAAUAAGAGACGCAGUCUGGCGUUCAAUGUGCCUGGAAAUCAGGCUGGACAGAUGCGUGGCAAGCCAGCAAUGGAUAUUUACAGACCGCCAAAUGUUCGUGGCUGUGAGCUGGCCACAAGUGUCUCAAAUGGUGGUGGCGGCGGUGCAAGUGUUGGUGGUGGUAUUGGGGGUGGUGGCAAUAAGCUGAAUAUUAAUGCACAGGAGUUCACAAUGACGCCACCGCCGAGCGCCGAGGCACUUGAGAAUAAUCGUUCGUCCCUCAUCUUCCCACAACAAUAUGUGACAACAGCGUCAGCUGCUGGACAACACAACACACAAAAUGCCGCCAUCCUCAACAGACGUCAGGCGGGUCUCUCCCUGGGCAACAUGUCAUCGCUGAGCAGUUUGAGUGGACGUCAUCGCUCCAUUCUGGUCACGCAUCCCAUUAGCCCGCUGGGCGGACAACUUCCGCUCAUGAAUUCCCCAUCCAGCGGCAACAUACUCCACUCCACAAAUCGCGUCAAGUUCGCACCGGAGCCGAGGGCGCAGAAGCCGCAGACGCAGUACGUCAACAGCAACGGGCAACAGCACUACAACAGCAAUGGACAACAGCACUAUCAGCUGAAUGGCCUCGAUCCCUACUUGAAUGGCAACGCUUUGCAGCGCUCCAAGUCGCUUUCCUCCGCCGAUGCCUUGACUCGGGGCAUGGCCGGUUUGGGUCUGGGAUUGGGCAAUGAAGUGGCCGACAUCGGUCAGUUUACCCCCGAGAUACAGGCGCUGAUUGACACCGCCCUCGAGGAUCCGAAUAAGUUGAAUUCACGCUGCCUCAUGGAGUUGACGUCGCAGUUCAUCAAGCGUGCCGUGGAGAGUCGUCGCUUUGCGUUGCCCAUCUCCCGAUUGUGCCUCAACAUUAUCGCCAAGGAGCAGAAGGAGACGUUCCUGGAGGCCUUGCUCAACACGUGCCGUCAGUGGUAUCAGGAGCGUGAGAAGUUGCUGUUUGCCAUACAGGGCAUGAAGUCACCGUCGCGUGUCCGCUUCACGGCUUUCAUGGCAUUUCUCACGGAAAUGUUCUGCCAGCUGAAACGCCGCCAGCUCCAGCUGCGAACCCACAGCGAGGGAACGCCGCCGCCUCUGGUGCUGCUCAGUUUGCUCUCCAAAUGCUGCGAGGAUUGCGUUCGACCACCUGUGCGUUCUCUAUCCGAGAUCGAAUGCCUGUUCUAUGUGCUCACCUGCAUUGGCCAGGACAUGGAGCAACAGCUGCCACAGCAACUGGAGCUACUCAUGUCCUUGGUGCGCGAUGCGUUCCUCAAUGCCGGCGAUGCUGCUGCUGCGAUACGUCGCACUCUGCUCCAGCUGAUCGAACUGAAGGCCUCGCAUUGGCAACUACCGGGCAAUACGGUGCUCUAUUACACCCAUACCAACAAUUAAAAGAGAAGAAGAUGAAGAAGAGGCGAUGGGAAAUACAUAUCAUCGGGAUGUAAUUUGUGGCAAUCAAAAAAAGCAGACAUUAUUAUUGUGUGGUCGAAUUGCAUUUAGGCAUUUGUCCUCAUGCAAGAAACGCAACUAUUUAUCGUACUCGCCGAGUACACAAUAUAGACAAUAAGCAAUAUUUAUUUUUUGGCAACACUAGAUACAUAAUAGCAUGACUAACCCAAGGCAGAAAUACACACGUAUACACAUAUACAUACAAAAAACCCCUUAAACUGACCCAAGUGAAAAAAGCUCAUCUAACCUCUCAUAGCGGAGUUCAUAACUCUGCUACAAUAAGGCUCAAUUUGUACUAUGUGAACCCGUAUUUACUAUUUAUGUGUAAUAAAAACUACGCUAGUCACAAAA